CGCUGCACAGCCGUGUCCCAGCGGGAGCGCGGGGGGAGGACAGCCGCCUCCGGGCGCGACUCGGUGCUUGGCCGCGGCCGCCGCAGGUCGCCCCCUCCCUCCUCCCGCCGCCGCCGGAGGAAUCGCCGCGGAUGCACCGGCCCAGCGGCGGUGGCGAGGAACUGCAGCGGAUUUUGGGUUUCCCUCCCCCUUCCCGGCGUCUGGCCUGGUCCUCCCCUGCUCCGCGCUCCUCCUUCCCCGGGAAGCGAAUGGCUGAUGCGCCGCGGACCUAAUGAAUGAUGCAACGGGCUUCGCUUCGGGAUUAGGUUGCACGAGCUGAAUUUUGAAUGAAGGAGAAGAGCUGUUGAUUCCCCCCCUCCCCUCCCCCGAAAGAAGUGUUGACUCGUUGGCUCGUUGUACUUUUAAUUAUUAUUUUAUUUAAAUCUACGACUUAAUUGUAUUCUUUAAAAAAUGUAUCAGAUAUAUAUUUUAUGGUAACCACCCCCCCACACCUAUAUGUCCAUGCGCGGAGUUGAAGACGCGGCAGUCAAGUGAGGGCAGCGGCGUGUUGGAUGUUCGGUUCAGCACCGGCGCUGCACGACAGUGGCUGGAAUCGCCAGCGGUUUGUUUUUUAAAAAACCGCAGCUUUUAACACUUGGGCUCAAAGCUUCCCCGGAGGAGUCGCUCACCAGUCGAAGGACAGCCAGCGGGACCCGAAGCCACCAACCAUGUCCGGGGAAGUGCGCUUGCGGCAGCUGGAGCAGUUCAUCCUGGACGGGCCGGCGCGGACCCACGGGCAGUGCUUCAGCGUGGAGACCCUGCUGGACAUUCUCAUCUGCCUGUACGACGAAUGCAACAACUCUCCGCUGAGAAGGGAGAAGAACAUUCUGGAAUACCUAGAAUGGGCUAAACCAUUUACUUCUAAAGUGAAACAGAUGCGAUUACAUAGAGAAGACUUUGAAAUAUUAAAGGUGAUUGGUCGAGGAGCUUUUGGAGAGGUUGCUGUAGUGAAACUAAAAAAUGCAGAUAAGGUAUUUGCCAUGAAAAUACUGAAUAAAUGGGAAAUGCUGAAAAGAGCAGAGACGGCAUGUUUUCGUGAAGAAAGGGAUGUGUUAGUGAAUGGAGACAAUAAAUGGAUUACAACUUUGCAUUAUGCUUUCCAGGAUGACAACAACCUGUAUCUAGUUAUGGAUUAUUAUGUUGGUGGGGAUUUGCUUACUCUGCUCAGCAAAUUUGAAGAUAGAUUGCCUGAAGAUAUGGCUCGAUUUUACUUGGCUGAGAUGGUGAUAGCAAUUGAUUCCGUUCAUCAGCUGCAUUAUGUACACAGAGACAUCAAACCUGAUAAUAUAUUGAUGGAUAUGAACGGACAUAUUCGGUUAGCAGAUUUUGGCUCUUGUCUGAAACUGAUGGAAGAUGGGACGGUUCAGUCCUCAGUGGCUGUUGGAACUCCAGAUUAUAUCUCUCCUGAAAUCCUUCAAGCCAUGGAAGAUGGAAAAGGCAGAUACGGACCCGAGUGUGACUGGUGGUCUUUGGGAGUCUGUAUGUAUGAAAUGCUUUAUGGAGAAACACCGUUUUAUGCAGAAUCUCUGGUGGAGACAUAUGGAAAAAUCAUGAAUCACAAAGAGAGGUUUCAGUUUCCACCUCAGCUGACAGAUGUGUCUGAAAAUGCCAAGGAUCUUAUUCGCAGGCUCAUCUGUAGCAGAGAACAUCGACUUGGUCAAAACGGAAUAGAAGAUUUUAAGAAACACCCAUUUUUCAGUGGAAUUGAUUGGGAGAAUAUUCAAAACUGUGAAGCACCUUAUAUCCCAGAAGUCAGCAGCCCAACAGACACAUCGAACUUCGACGUGGAUGAUGACUGUUUAAAGAAUUCGGAAACGAUGCCCCCACCAACACACACUGCAUUUUCUGGCCACCACCUGCCAUUUGUCGGUUUUACCUAUACUAGUAGCUGUGUUCUUUCUGAUCGGAGCUGUCUAAGAGUGACAGCUGCUCCCACUUCUCUGGAUCUUGAUGCUAAUGUUCAGAGGACUCUAGACAACAACCUAGCCACCGAAGCUUAUGAAAGAAGGAUCAAACGCCUUGAACAGGAAAAGCUUGAACUUAGUAGAAAGCUUCAAGAGUCAACACAGACUGUCCAAGCUCUGCAGUAUUCAACUGUUGAUGGUCCACUAACAGCAAGCAAAGAUUUAGAAAUAAAAAGUUUAAAAGAAGAAAUUGAAAAACUAAGGAAACAAGUAAGAGAAUCCAGUCAGUUGGAACAACAACUUGAAGAAGCUAAUUCAGUGAGGCGAGAACUAGACGAUGCUUUUAGACAAAUCAAGGCUAAUGAAAAACAAAUCAAAACAUUACAACAAGAAAGAGAAGAAUUAAAUAAGGAACUAGUCCAGGCUAGUGAGCGAUUAAAAAACCAAUCCAAAGAGCUGAAAGACGCACACUGUCAGAGGAAACUGGCCAUGCAGGAAUUCAUGGAGAUCAAUGAGCGGCUAACAGAAUUGCACACCCAGAAACAGAAACUUGCUCGCCAUGUCCGAGAUAAGGAAGAAGAGGUGGACCUGGUGAUGCAAAAAGUUGAAAGCUUAAGGCAAGAACUGCGCAGAACAGAAAGAGCCAAAAAAGAGCUGGAAGUUCAUACAGAAGCUGUAGCUGCCGAAGCGUCUAAAGACAGGAAGCUGCGUGAACAGAGCGAACACUAUUCUAAGCAGCUGGAAAACGAACUGGAGGGACUGAAGCAAAAACAAAUUAGUUACUCACCAGGAGGGUAUAGCAUAGAACAUCAGCAAGAGAUAACUAAACUAAAGACAGAUUUGGAAAAGAAAAGUAUCUUUUAUGAAGAAGAAUUAUCCAAAAGAGAAGGAAUACAUGCAAAUGAAAUUAAAAAUCUAAAGAAAGAAUUACAUGACUCAGAAGGCCAUCAACUUGCUCUGAACAAAGAAAUUAUGAUUUUGAAAGACAAAUUGGAAAAAAACAGGAGAGAAAGUCAAAGUGAAAGGGAAGAAUUUGAAAAUGAGUUCAAACAACAGUAUGAACGAGAAAAGGUGUUAUUAACUGAAGAAAAUAAAAAACUGACAAGUGAACUUGAUAAGCUCACCGCUCUGUAUGAGAACGUAAGUGUACGCAACCGGCAGCUAGAAGAAGAAGUAAAAGACCUAGCAGACAAGAAGGAAUCAGUGGCGCAUUGGGAAGCCCAAAUCACAGAGAUCAUUCAGUGGGUCAGUGAUGAGAAGGACGCACGAGGAUACCUUCAGGCCUUAGCUUCGAAAAUGACUGAGGAGUUGGAAGCAUUAAGAAACUCCAGCUUGGGCACACGAGCAACAGACAUGCCCUGGAAAAUGCGUCGUUUUGCGAAACUGGACAUGUCAGCUAGACUGGAGUUACAGUCCGCUCUGGACGCAGAAAUAAGAGCCAAACAGGCCAUCCAAGAAGAGCUAAAUAAAGUUAAAGCAUCUAACAUCAUAACGGAAUGUAAACUAAAAGAUGCAGAGAAGAAGAACUUGGAACUGCUAUCAGAAAUCGAACAGCUGAUCAAGGACACGGAAGAGCUUAGAUCUGAAAAGGGUGUAGAGCACCGAGACUCACAGCACUCUUUCUUGGCAUUUUUGAAUACGCCUACCGAUGCUCUGGAUCAAUUUGAAGAUUCCUUUUCUUCUUCCUCAUCUUCACUGAUUGAUUUUUUGGAUGACACUGUAGACAGUUCUCCACUUCCUGUUCACACACCAACCUUAAAGAAAAAGGCAUGCCCUGGUUCAACUGGCUUUCCAUCUAAGCGCAAGACUCAUCAGUUUUUUGUCAAAUCUUUUACUACUCCCACCAAGUGUCACCAGUGCACCUCUUUGAUGGUGGGUCUGAUCCGACAGGGCUGCUCCUGUGAAGUAUGUGGAUUCUCGUGUCAUAUAACUUGCGUAAACAAAGCUCCCACCGCGUGUCCAGUUCCUCCUGAACAGACAAAAGGUCCCCUGGGUAUAGAUCCUCAGAAAGGAAUAGGAACAGCAUAUGAAGGCCAUGUCAGGAUCCCUAAGCCAGCUGGUGUGAAGAAAGGAUGGCAGAGAGCAUUGGCUGUAGUUUGUGACUUCAAACUCUUCCUGUACGAUGUUGCCGAGGGAAAGGCAUCGCAGCCCAGCGUUGUAGUCAGCCAAGUGAUUGACAUGAGGGAUGAAGAAUUUUCUGUGAGUUCAGUCUUGGCUUCUGAUGUUAUUCAUGCAAGUCGAAAAGAUAUACCCUGUAUAUUUAGAGUCACAAUGUCCCAGCUCUCGGCACCUAAUAACAAAUGCUCAAUCCUGAUGCUGGCAGAUAGUGAGAAUGAGAAGAGCAAGUGGGUGGGAGUGCUGAGUGAAUUACAGAAAAUUUUGAAGAAAAACAAAUUCAGAGACCGCUCCGUCUAUGUUCCCAAAGAGGCUUAUGACAGCACGCUACCCCUCAUUAAAACUACCCAGGCCGCUGCAAUCAUAGAUCAUGAAAGGAUAGCUUUGGGAAAUGAAGAAGGUUUAUUUGUUGUGCAUGUCACCAAAGAUGAAAUUAUUCGAGUUGGUGACAAUAAGAAGAUUCAUCAGAUUGAACUCAUUCCAAAUGAUCAGCUCGUUGCUGUGAUCUCAGGACGAAACCGUCACGUACGACUUUUUCCUAUGUCAGCUUUGGACGGACGAGAGACUGAGUUUUAUAAGCUGGCGGAAACUAAAGGGUGUCAAACCAUCACUUCUGGGAAGCUGCGUCACGGCACUCUCACCUGCCUGUGUGUGGCGAUGAAAAGGCAGGUCCUCUGUUACGAACUAUUUCAGAGCAAGACCCGCCACAGAAAAUUUAAGGAAAUCCAAGUCCCGUAUAACGUCCAGUGGAUGGCAGUCUUCAGUGAACACCUCUGUGUGGGAUUCCAGUCGGGAUUUCAGAGAUACCCCUUGAAUGGAGAAGGAACUUCGUGCAGUAUGCUCCAUUCAAGUGACCACACGCUGGCCUUUGUCACACAUCAGCCCAUGGACGCCAUCUGCGCCGUGGAGAUCUCCAGUAAAGAAUACCUGCUGUGUUUUAGCAGCAUCGGGGUCUACACCGACUGCCAGGGCCGCAGGUCCAGGCAGCAGGAGCUGACGUGGCCAGCUAACCCUUCCUCUUGCUGCUACAAUGCCCCCUACCUGUCCGUGUACAGUGAAAACGCGGUGGACGUCUUCGAUGUGAACUCCAUGGAGUGGAUUCAGACGCUCCCCCUCAAAAAGGUUCGACCCUUAAACAGUGAAGGAUCAUUAAAUCUUUUAGGCUUGGAGACGAUUAGAUUAAUUUAUUUCAAAAAUAAGAUGGCAGAAGGGGAUGAACUGGUAGUUCCUGAAACCACAGAUAACAGUCGAAAACAAAUGGUUAGAAAUAUUAACAACAAGCGGCGUUACUCCUUCAGGGUCCCGGAAGAGGAAAGGAUGCAACAGAGGAGAGAGAUGCUACGAGAUCCUGAAAUGAGAAAUAAAUUAAUUUCUAACCCAACUAAUUUUAACCACAUAGCACACAUGGGUCCAGGAGAUGGAAUACAGAUCCUAAAAGACCUGCCCAUGAACCCUCGGCCUCAGGAAAGCCGGACCGUGUUCAGCGGCUCAGUCAGUAUUCCCUCCAUCACCAAGUCCCGCCCCGAGCCCGGCCGCUCCAUGAGCGCCAGCAGCGGCCUGUCGGCAACUCCGUCCCCGGAGUUCACUUCACCUUUGGCGGCUCCUGGGUGCUGUGCGGGGAUGGCCCUUGUAGCUUCUGAUUCGGGGAAGGCCGUCCUUGGCCAGUGGCUGCUUCGCGCGUGAACGGGAACGUGAGUG